AGCUACUCACAAUAAAAUCUCCACAGGUGUAACCCUUUCCGACAGUCAACUAUGGAUAUGUACGGAUUCUCUACUACUACUACUCAAGAUCUAUUUCGCAUUGACGACCUUCUUGAUUUCUCUAACGAGGAAAUCUUCUCCGCUUCUUCCUCUUCUACCACCGCCGCAACUCACUCAAACACCACCACCACUACCACCGACACCAACCAUAUCCUUCCUUCUCAAAACCUCUCUAUCCACUCUUUUAAUCCGUCCCUUUCUACUGACUUCACCGACGACCUCUGUGUCCCUAGUGAUGACGUGGCUGAGUUGGAAUGGUUAUCACGAUUCGUAGACGAUUCCUUCACCGACUUCCCUAAAAACUCGAUUACCGGAACACUAACCGGCCGAUCAGACACGUCAUUGUCAGGUAGAGGACGAGGCAAACGCUCAAAAGCGACAAAUUCAACUACCUCUAACACAACUACGUGGACCUGGACAUCUGAAACUGGAAAUUCGAAACCAAAAAGAGAGAGUCACCGCCAAUCGUCGCCGACUCCUGACGGAGGUGUGAGGAGGUGUACGCACUGUCAGUCGGAGAAGACGCCUCAGUGGCGAACGGGUCCACUGGGCCCCAAGACGCUCUGUAAUGCGUGUGGUGUACGCUACAAGUCGGGUAGACUUGUGCCGGAGUAUCGGCCGGCGGCAAGCCCGACAUUUGUGCUAACUCAGCACUCCAACUCACACCGUAAGGUAUUGGAGCUUCGGAGGCAGAAGGAGAUGUUGAGGCAGCAGCAGCAACAGCAAGGGCAGUCACCGUCACAAAUGUAUCGUCACCAGCGUGACUUUGAAGUAUGCUGAGGUGUCAUAAUCGGAGUGUUUUCUGAAAAUUGAUCAUGUAGAACGGGAAAAAUACUGUUCCGGUGAUAUUAUAAAAAAUCUCAAAAUUGUUGGUUUUAUUGGUUAUUUAAAAAUUUGUCUCAAUCGAGAAAAAAAGGUUACGGUUUAAAAGUUUCAACUA